AUGGACUGUUCUUCGUUUCUCGACAUAUCUCUCAAUCUCAACACCAACAGUCUCGAUCGUAGUUUCCCGGAAAAACUUCCGAAAAAGGAGGUGAAGGUUUCAACUUCUGCUGAUUUGAAAAGGAAAUGGAUGGUUAAAGAUGAGAGCGCAAGUGAGUUAAGAGAGGAGCUAAACAGAGUCAACUCAGAGAACAAGAAGCUAACGGAGACGCUAGCAACAGUCUACGAGAACUACUACGCAUUACAACAUCAUUUGGAGAAGCUUCAGAGUCGUCGACAAAGCCCUGAAACAGAUCAGUUGGAACAACCUCUAAAAAGAAGAAAACAAGAUUCGGAUGAAUCCUUAAGCCUUCCUAAUGGACUCAGUAGUGGAAUAAAUGAGAACAGCUCCAGCAACGAAGCUCAUCAUCAUCAUCAUCAGCAGCAGCAGCAAUAUGAGCAGAAAAAUCAGCUUAUUUCUUGUAAAAGAUCAGUCACUGAUAGCUUCAACAAAGCACAGGUUUCAACAGUUUACGUGCCUGCUGUUUCUUCCGAUACAAGCUUGACAGUAAAAGAUGGAUAUCAAUGGAGGAAAUACGGACAAAAAGUUACAAGAGAUAACCCCUCACCAAGAGCUUACUUUAGAUGCUCGUUUGCACCUUCUUGUCCAGUAAAAAAGAAGGUGCAACGCAGCGCAGAGGAUCCGUCAAUACUGGUAGCUACAUACGAAGGGACACAUAACCACUUAGGUCCAAACGCUUCUGAAGGGGACGCUACUAGCCAGGUUGGAUCAAGAACUAUGACUUUGGAUAUGGUUCAUGGUGGUCAUAGUUUAGCUUUGGAGAAGAACGAAAGGGAAACUAUGCAAGAGGUUUUGGUUCAGCAAAUGGCGUCUUCCUUAACGAAAGAUUCAAAGUUUACGGCUGCUCUUGCGGCUGCUAUAUCUGGGAGGUUGAUGGAGCAGUCUAGAACAUGA